UCUUCACUAACUUUCUCAAGAUGGUAACAUUCAACAUACUAUGGAAACUCUGCUUAGUUGUGGCAUUUGGGCUUUCUGCCACUGUCACGUCUACUGAUGUAGCCCAGGAGCAGCCCAAGAAGGAAUCGUUCUUAAGUAGAUUCUUCGGCAAGAAAGAAUCAACUGCAACUAAACCUGUGGAAGAAAAAGAAGCAAGCAGCCAUAACACCCAAGGAUACAGUGAUCCAAAUGAUCCACCCAAAUACUCUGUUGAAUGGUAUCUGUUACCCAAGCCGGAAAACAGAGCUGCCUUACGUAAAGCGCUGCCAAGCGAUAUAGCAGAAAUGGUUCCAAAGGAUUACAAAAGGCGAAUCUGGUCUGCACUAGAGGGCUGUAUUAUCAAGUUUUUCAAAAUAGAGGCCGCUGAAUGGUACUUGCUACCCGAGCCGGAAAGCAGAGCCGCAUUACGUUAUGUGUUGCCAUCUGAUUUGGCUGCAAAGGUACCGGAGGACUCUAAUGAAGCAAUAAAACCCGAAGUAGAGAAAGAUAUUAGGAAGUUAUUCUCACAGACUUUCCAGAAAGGGAGAUUAACGCACUCAUGGUCAACAGCCAUGGAUUGAUAUUGGUAGAUCACCAAUACUCUAA